GCAACACACGUGACGACGUAUAUACAGCAGCUGUCCAAAUCAUCCCUCUCAUCUUACCUCAACAGCGAGGGGGACGUGCCCUCUUGACGUCACGGCCUGUAACGUGACCGAUCGUCGACCCCCAUUCACCCCCACAGCUAUGGAAACUUCUUAAAUGCAGCGUGGGACGACAGAGAAACGAUAGAACUCGCUUUACUACCUGACACUUAGAACAACUGGACAUGAAAUUCGUAGCUAUCUUGUUAUUCACAUUUUACAUAUGCGAAGCUCAAAGGGAGGGGAGUUUAAGAUUAGUUGGUGGUAGAGGUAAUUGGGAAGGUAAUGUUGAAGUAUUUCAUCUGGGACGUUGGGGUUCUGUUUGUGAUGAUGAAUGGGACUUGAGAGAAGCUCAUAUUGUAUGCAAGAAUUUAGGAUUUCGAAGAGCAGUUAGAGCCACUUACGAUUCCGAAUUUGGAAGAGGCCAAAAUCUGAUAUGGAUGGAUAGUGUCUAUUGUACUGGGGACGAGAGAGCUCUUCAAGAAUGUCGAUUCGACGGAUGGGGUGUUCAUGACUGCUCUAUAGCAGAAGCUGCUGGUGUCGUUUGCGAUAAUCCAAACGUUCGUAGAGAACCAGCAAUUUCUCACGAUUCUAACGAAUCUCCAAGUUCCAGAACACAACUUAGAUUAAUUACAGAAAAGGAUAUAGUCGUUAGGUUGGUGGGUGGAAGGAAUCAAGUGGAAGGAAGAGUGGAAGUGAGAAUUGGAAACAGAGGAUGGGGAUUAGUAUGUGGAGAUGGUUGGGGUAUCAUGGAAGCUUCUGUAAUAUGCAGGCAAAUUGGAUUUGGUUUCGCUAAAAGAGCCACGCAGUCGUCAUACUUUGGUGGUGAAGCUGAACGUAUUGUCUUAAGUGGUGUUAAAUGUAGCGGUUACGAGAAGAAUUUAGCAGAUUGUGGUCACGAAAAAUUUGGUAAUGUCUUCUGUCCAGGAAGAGAACAGAACAUUGCUGGAGUUGUAUGUGCUGCUGAACUGCCAGAUUUAGAAUUAGAUUGGAAAUCACUAGAACAAACUUCAUUUCUAGAAGAUAGACAAUUACACGAACUAGAAUGUGCUAUGGAAGAAAAUUGCGUGGCUCGUCCUGCUUAUUUUCAAAUUCAGAGGCCAGGAGGAAGAUUUACAAGGAGACGUCUAUUAAGAUUUACAGCUAGAACUGCCAAUAUAGGAAAUGUAGAUUUUCGUCCUUUUAUUCCUAAGCAUUUAUGGAAAUGGCAUGCGUGUCAUAAGCAUUUUCACAGUAUGGAAGUCUUCGCACAUUUUGACAUCAUGGAUCUUCGCGGAAGGAAAGUGGCAGAAGGUCACAAGGCCAGUUUCUGUUUAGAGGAUAACGAAUGCAAACCAGGUUUUAAUAAAAAAUACGUAUGUGCCAAUUAUGGCGAUCAAGGAGUGUCUGUAGGAUGUUAUGACGUCUACAAAUAUGACAUUGAUUGUCAAUGGGUGGAUAUAACAGAACUACCAGUAGGAAAUUAUUAUUUUAAAGUAUCAGUAAACCCCGAAUAUAAAGUAGCAGAAUUGACAUUUAACAAUAACGCAGCGACUUGUUCACUACAUUAUAAUGGAUUACGUGUACAUGUACACAAUUGUACUUUGGGAAGGCCUUAAAAUGUAAGCAACUUCAGUCAGGUUGUUUUGUUUUUUUUAAAUCAAAUAAUAGAGAUUCUUGUUGGAAUCAUCGUUUGUUGGUUCUACCAACUAACCUAUUUAAAUCCAGAAAAAAAAGGUCUUUCAUUUAAGAAGAAGAAGAAAAGAAAAGACUAAACUUUGUGUAGUACAAACAGUGUACAAAGUAGCAACGAAGUAGCUAAUUAAUAUUAAAAAGAAUUCUCUAAUUACUAAAUUAAUAUACUACUCAGAAAUUAACUUUGUGACUAUAGCAGCAAAGCAAAAGAGUCAUGGCAAAUAUGGAAAAUGAUAACGAUAUUUCCCAUGAUUCGACAACAGAAAGUAUUAUUAUUCAAUUGUUACUAUAGUAGCAAGCAUAAAAAUAUCAGAAAGUGAGGAAAAUUUUUCAUAAUCUCCCAUAAAAUGGAAAUUAUCAUUACUGGAAAUCAUAACAGUCAGCAUGAAAAUAUUAUACAAAAUAUAGAACAUUGAGUAAUAUUUAAGAAAUAUCAUAGGAAAAGUUUUACAACAGUAGGUAUAAAAAAAUACAGGAAGUUUUCCAUAGAUUAUGGAAAAUAUCAUCACUUAAAAUUUAAUUUUGUUACUGUAAUGGUGUGCUCGAAACUUCGUAUUAAAAAAAA